CGUUUGAUGAGUUGCUACCUGUUUCACCCCUCGAGAAACUCGAUUCAUAUACACUUCCUAAAUCUUUCUAUCACUAUAGUCUGAUCAACCUUUCCUGCUCCUAAGCAGAUCCCACAAUUAUGGAAGUCGAAGCAGAGCUCAUGUUCGACGAUAUCGCCAAAAACUACGAAGCAACCUUUGCCGAAGACCCUAGCCUGCAUCAAGUCAUUGACCAGGUCCUGGGCCUACUCAAACCAGAGUCCCAAGUCCUCGAUGUGGGAUGCGGAACAGGAAAGCCAGUAUCCUAUCGACUCGCGGAGGCUGGCCACGAUGUCACAGGGAUCGACAUCUCCCAGAACAUGCUCGACAUUGCCACCCGCCAGGUCAAAGGACAAUUUGUCAAGUCGGACAUGACCAAGUACGAGCCAGUGAGACGUUUCGACGCCAUAUUUGCCAUCUUCUCAUUAUUCAACAUCUCGCGACUCCAGGUGCAAUCUAUGGUGGCUAGGUUUUACGAUUGGCUUAAUCCAGGCGGCCGACUUGUUCUGGCUACUAUCCCCAGUGAAUGCCUAUUCCAGGAUCCAUGUGUGUACGACGAGUCGGGAGAAUGGGCUGACCAGAAACCGAUGUAUUUUAUGGGGCAUAAUUUUCACGGGUCCGCCGCGACAAAGCGUGGUUGGGAGAACUUGUUCGCUGAGACCGGGUUCGGGGUGGAGGAUCAUUUCUCGUAUCAUUUCUCGCCGCCGAGCAUGGAUGCGCAUAGGAUGGACCCUGACCAUUUGUAUUUUAUUGUUCGUCGAGGCUACUGA